AUGCUUACACCUAUCAAAGGUAAAUACAAUGAAUUGACUGAAUUUGAACAGACAGUUGAAAAAUUACAAUAUAGUGAAAUUACUAAAGCAACAAGAAAUAAUGCUAGUUUCUAUAUAAUUGAUUCAAUACCAACAAUUUCUAUUAAAGCAUCAUCAUCUUCUUCACUUUCAUCAUUAUCAAAUAAAACAAUAAAUAAUAAUACUAUUAAAGAUUUAUUAUCAAAAAUAAAUAUUCGUAAAUCAUCAAAAAAAUGUAGUAGUUCAUCAGAUGAUAAUGGCAAAUCAACAAAUGAAAAAUUACCGUCUACUACUAUUUCAACUAAUAAUCGAAAGUAA